CACUUGUCACAUGGUUCUAAAACUUUUGACGAUGGCGCGGAAUCUGUGAGGCUCACGCAUCUGGAAAACUUCCCUUCUGUUAAUAGUUGUAUUUAUUUAUUUCACUGGUUAUAUUAUAAGUCAUCAUGAGUGUGCUUGAAGUGAAGUUCGUGGGAGAUGAGGAGGUCCUGGAACACAUCGUUGACAUCAAAGAGGCCGGACGUGCUACCGAUGCACCGGUCCAGAAGAUGGUGACGUUUAAGAAAUCAGCAGGCAGACGGGCCAGAGUGGAUGAGGAUGGUGACGACAGUGAAGAAGAUGAGGUCCUGAACGAGCAGAAAUAUGUCCAGGCGCUCGGAACAGAGAGUGCAAUAGCAGACAACGAGGAGCCGGGGUCUGUGGUGGCGGGGGCCGCCGUCUUCAGCUUCCAGAAGUACAAGCGCUCCCAGGGCCUGGCCGAACGAGCGAGUGAAUUGGCACGCACCCCGGGGAAGAGUGUGACCUUCAGUGGGCCUUCCGACACCGAGCCAUCGACCCCUGUACGCUCAGGACGCAGUUCAAAGAUUGAGAACGGGACCCCCCAGAAGGGCAGGAAGGUGAAGUUUGUCUCCACCACCCCCCACAGGCUCCGGAAAAGACUAACGGCGCCCAGCAUGCGGUCGGACAGCGACAGCGAGCUGUCUCCCUCUGACAGCGAGGAGGGAGAGGGGGAGAAGAGUGAGGAGGAGGAGAAGGAGACGGUCAAGCAGACCCCCCGCACGCCCAGCAAGGCCAAGCAGUCGGCCGCCCUCUACAAGACCCCCGCCAAGAAGACCCGGACCCUUCCGGAAGCCUCCACAGACCAGCCCAGUCUGAUCGAGGAGUAUUUCGAAGCGCACAGCAGCACCAAGGUCGUCACAUCAGACCGGACCCUCCAGCGCCUGCAGACCCCCAAACUCGACCGGGAGACUCUGUUUCGCCUGCUGGGGGACACUCCCUCCUGUUAUGCCUCAGAGAUCCAAGAGAUCCACAGCAAACACCAGAAGCACUUCAGCAAGUGGAUGCUGCAGCUACAGCUGGGCUUCAGUGUGGUGGUCUACGGUCUGGGCAGCAAGAAGGCGCUGUUGGAGGACUUCCGUCUGUCCCAGCUGUCCCAAGAGCUUCACCUGGUGGUCAACGGAUUCUUCCCCUCCAUCACGCUGAAAUCCAUCUUAAAUGCUGUGACAUCAGAGGCCCUCGACCACCAGGGAACGUUCCGGAAUCCCUCGGAUCAAAUCGAUUACAUCAGCCAGACCCUGAAAGACAGCCCUGAUCUCCACAUAUACCUGCUGAUCCACAACAUCGACGGCUCCAUGCUCCGAGGAGAGAAGACCCAGAGUGCUUUGGGGCACCUGGCGUCCCUUCCCAACAUGCACCUGGUGGCGUCCAUUGACCACAUCAACGCCCCACUGGUGUGGGACCAGUGCAAACAGAGCCAGUUCAACUGGCUGUGGUGGGAGUGUGUGACGUACCAACGGUACGUGGAGGAGACGUCGUACGAGAACUCCCUGCUAGUGCAGCAGACGGGCGCCCUGGCCCUCUCCUCUCUCACGCACGUCCUGCGCAGCUUGACCUCCAACGCCAGGGGGAUUUUCAAACUUCUGGUGGAAUUUCAGUUGGAGAACAGAGACAACCCCUCAUAUAUCGGCUUAUCCUUCCAAGAUUUCUACCAGCGCUGUCGUGAGGCGUUCCUGGUGAACUCUGACCUCACCCUGAGAACCCAGCUGACUGAAUUCAGAGACCACAAACUGAUCCGGACCCGCAAGGGUGCUGAUGGAGUUGAAUACCUGAAUGUUCCCGUGGAUACCAGCACCUUGUUGGACUUCCUUGAGAAAGAGGAGGGUGACUGAUGACCUCAUCUUGUCCCUUGCUUCAUAUUAGAAAAAACGUUGCCUGUAUACACUGCCUGUUACAAAUCAGUGACGCGCACAUUGUGAGUGUCCGCACAGAUCUAUGAUGGAUUGUUAUUAGUGGCUAAUGGAAUCAUCCGUUAACAAUGUACCCUUUGAAACGGUGGAAAUGUUUAUAUUUAUUCAAAACUCUUGUAGCACUGUAAUCCACAUGGUUUUACUGUUUGGUAAAGAAAAAAAAACAUGGUCUGAUAAAGCAUUUGUAUGUAAAACACGA